AACACCCAUACAAUCGCCAUUUUGAUUAUAAACAUAAACAGGUCGGCGAGGUUUUUUAACAAAGAAAUUUAUUUUUCGCCCGUUUCAUGGAAAGAAAUUAACUGUACUAGCCAUGGAACGAGCACAGAAGAUCAUGGAUGGCUUCAAACUGUAUCCUUUUGUUUUAAAAUGCGCAUUUUCGGGUUUGUAUAUCGAGUUUUAUUUUCGAUGGCGUUCGGACGCAUUUUGUUACCAAGGAAGAGACGGGCAUGCUUUUGUUCUACACUUCCUAGUCUGAUUAUUGUUGAAAUAUAUCCUGUAGCUUUGGCACUUGCAUUGUAUUAGUAGAGUUUGUUUAAUUUUAAGCAUAGACGUCAUAGUCAUUUUCUACUUGCAAUGAAAUGUUAAAAUAUAAAGCUAGAAACUGAUGCAUUUCUCAAGCGUCAAGUUAGCAGGAAGUAAAAUAUCUAUUAAUAACGGUAUUUUUUAAUAAUUUUGCAAAAAUAGGAAUAUUUAAAGUCCGUAUGUUCUGUUACUCUGUAUACAGUAUAAUUUUAAGGUGUGUAUAUAGUUUAAUUGCGGUUAUAUACAGCUUGGUUAUGAGUAUUUGUACAGAAAUGCUUGGAACCAAGAAACAUUGUGUGAAAAACAAUGCUUUCACUUUAUUUUGGGUGCAAUGUUUAUCAGACUGUUGACUGUUGCAGUCAAUAAUUCCUUGAGAUGUAAUGAGACAAGGAUACAAGUUUGGAGACACCAGAGAUUUUGAAAAUUUAAUAGUAAAUAUAUAGAAAACAUCCAAACUGUGCACCUUGGUUUCAUGAUGAAAACUUCCCAUUAAUUAAUCGUUAUAUAUAAACCAUGUCUUACCAAUUUUGCCAUGUUUCUCUAAAAUGUGUGCAGGGUAAUAAGGCUACAUUUAUACUAUACUGGAUAGCUUUUAUAGUGGCAUGAUAAAGCACCUAGAUCCAAUACAGAAUGUACAACUUUCAGAAGCUGAGCAAAACAACAUCUCUCUGUUACAAUAAUUCUGUUGAAGAUAGUGCAAAGGUAGGGAUAGGUGUUUUUCACAUCACUACAGAAAGCUAUCUGAUACAAGUGUAAACGUAGCCUAAAACUGCCAUAGUUGGUAUCUGAACUAUUUGAACGAUAUUAAUUGUUUAGUUGCUAUGAUGUCUACCAACUUUCUCAUACACGACUAGUUGAAGUAUCUAACAAUGUCUGCUUAUUGUCAAAUGCUACCUACACUGGACCCCUGCCUUAAAUCUGACACCUUAAGUAGAUUAGUAGUGACACUUUAAGCAGAUUAGAGUCUUUGAUAGUUUGUUCCAUAACUUUGUGAAGAAAUUGGAUCAAUUUUAGAGACGCUGAUAAUGGGAAAAUAAUAUGGCAAGGCAGUGAAGAUUUGUAAGUAUGGAGAAUGUAAUUUUGGACAAAAGUCUGUAAAAGAUAGCUGAUUAAUGAAGAAGCUAAGGUUUUUUCCAACUAUGAGUGCAGGGUUCAAAAUUUGCAGUAUCCUAGUAACAAUUUUGAAUUUUGGAUCCCAGAUGUAGAAACUUUGGUAUUCAAUUUGGAUACCCAAGAGAUUCUUGCCUAAGCCAUUUUUACUCCCACAUGUUUAAUUAAUGAAGACAAUUACAAAAUUUCAACAAUUAGUUAACAGCAUGUAAUGGAAAACCUCUUAACACUGAAAGCAUGUUUUAUACCAAAGUUUGGAUACCAAAUUUUCAGUUUGUAUACAGGUACCACACUAUUGGACUCCAGAAAAAAAUUCAUCUAAUUUCUAAAACCCUGUACAAACACUUGGUAUCCUUUGAAUUCAUAAGCAAGUUAGUAGCACUGGAUCCGAAUAUUUUGAGUACUAAAGUUUGCAGCAACAAAAGGGUUAGAAUAUUUUGGCAACCUGAAAUGACACACCCUGUAUUUUGUGAAAUGUCCAAAAUCUAAAAUAGAUUUUGUCUUGUCGUUUUACUGAUAAAUGAAAUUUGUUUUUACCUUUUAAGGUCAUCACCAGAUGUUGAGCACGAAGGUAAGAUUCCAAUGGCAUCCUGUUUGUAUUAUUUUCCAAAAAUUAUCUUUCAUUGAUUAGAAUGUGGGGUACUAGUGUAGCUAAUCACUUCAAAUAUUUGUUGACAUGUUUUUUUUUUGUAUUUUCUCUGUAGCAAGGGUACCAAAGAAAAUCCUGAAGUGUAAAGCUGUGUCAAGAGAGAUUAACUUUUCAUCAAAUGAAGAAAUGAAACAAUUUAGAUUAGAGCAAAGAGUCUUAUUUAAGGGAAAGUGUUUAGAAGGUACUUCAAUGUGUAACUCAAUCAUUGGGGUCUAAUGUGCAACUCAAUCAUUGGGGUCUAAUGUGUAACUCAAUCAUUGGGGUCUAAUGUGUAACUCAAUUAUUGGGGUAUAAUGCCCUGAAUGGUGUGUCUUAAAUUUUCAAUGCAGGCAUGAGAAAUAAUAUUUUUUGUAGUUUUUGACAACACAUCAUUAAUUAACCAUCUUCUUUCUAGAAUGGUUUUUCGACUUUGGAUUUGUGAUUCCUUCGUCAACAAACACAUGGCAGUCUUUAAUUGAAGCUGCACCAGAAGACCAAAUGAUGCCAUCAUCAGUACUAAAGUCAGUGCAGUAACCUUCAUUGUUAAUAAUUGGGGGGGGGGGCAUGGAUCAUUAGUCCCAAAAAGGGAAUUGCAGAAAAGUUAAAAUGAAAGUAUAAUCAAGAUUUAGAUGAAAAGAAGAAUUGCAGUUACAAAGAAAGUGACUCAACAGUAAACCUAACCUUAUUUGUUCAAAUGUUAAUUUAACCUAUUCUUUCCAACAUGCAGAAGGCAAGCUACUCCUAUAAAACAGUAAACAGGUUGACAUCAGCGUGCGCCAGGUCGCCAAAAGGAGCGCUAUCUUCUGCUUUUGCACAUGAUUUGCCAAAUUUUGUAUCAUCUACUGUAUAUAUACAAAGAUAUAUUUGUUAAUACACAUUGAUAUAGGGGAACCUGAUAUAUUAAAUUUGGCAACCAGAUUUUAUUCACAUUUCACAAACGUUUUUUAAAAUUUCAACCCCUGACAGUAAAACGUGUGCUGUAUAUCCACUUACAGAAGUAGAUUUUAUUUCAUUUCCAGUAGAUUUGGUUUCAUUCACACAAAAUUCUUGAUGUUCCAUUGUGGAUGAAACAUAUUUUUCAUAGGAAACAUAUUUUUUUAUGAAACAAGAUGAAACAUAUUUUUCACUUCCUGGUUAAGAUGAAUUGGAAAUAUGAAUGGUUUUAAUUUUUUAUUUAUUGUAGUGGAAAUGUGGUAAUUGAAACGAAAUUUUUUGAUGGCAACCUCCUUGUGAGUACAUCAAAAGUACGGAUAUUUUACAUCUGAAUGGCUGGACCAAUAAAAUCUUAACCAAUACAAGCCUGUGAAUAUGCUGUGAAUAUGCUGAGAGGAAGCUUAUCACUGGAGUAAGAUUAUCUAUAAUUUGUAGCAAUCGAUCUACAUUAGGAUAACUCUUGUUUUAUUGAGCGCAGCUUUGCAGUCAUAUGUACAUAAAUAUUCUUAUGAACUAACUUCAGAUAGGAAUUCUGGUGCUCCGAUACUCUGCAUACAGUUAAUAGUAUUGUAAAAAUGUAGUUCACUAUUGUUGUUGUCCAACAGCAGAACAUGCAGUGACAUUCAUUAAAACAGCGAAAGGAGAAAGAUCGAUUUACAAACGUAAUGUUCCUUUCCCAACAACAAUGUGCUCCAGAGGUGGAAAAUAUAUUUUUCUUCCUUGGGAUUAAGGCUCAGUUUUUUUUUGCGAAAGAUUAUAUACUAAGGAAAAAAUAACAAAAUUGUCGUUUUUGACUGUCUACCAGGUGAUCUGAAAACACGGAAAAGGACUGGCACUAGUUGCCAAAUAAAAAUCCAUUUUUCGAUUAAAACUACCAAACUUCUCCUCAAAUAUACUUUACUUUGUUACCAAAUUUACGGUGUAGAUGUAUAACCCUUCGCUAAACAUAAUUACAAAGUUUCAGCGAGUUUCAUAAAGAAAAAGCAAAGAUCUAAGCGAUUAAAAACAGCAAAAUGGAUUUCUAUUCUGUUGCUAGUUCCAGACCUUUUGCUCAAGGGCAGAUCAGCUAGUAAAGUGUUCUCGUAUGAAACAAUAUGUCUUUAAGACUAAGGCAUACAAGAUAAAUCCUGAAGUAGUCCUAGUAGUUACAGUCUUACAGGAUUAAAAACAAAUUCCCUACAACAUGCUAUAUGAAUACUUUUGAUGAAACUUUUCCGCUGUGAUUUAGGUAUAGAGUUAGUAGAUUAAUUAGGUAUUUAAUCAUUUCAAUAAUUAGUAAUUCGUAAUUUAGAUAUACAAUCAGUCUAAUUUUCAAAAUUGGUUUUCAAACAUAAAAAAGUGUCUGAAAAUUUCGGCAAAAAUGUAGAUUCCCAAAAAUAUUUCUUGGAACUAGUUUUCGAGGUUCCGAUACUUUUCCACCUCUGCCAACAAUGUUGAAUGAUGUUGGAUGAACAUGUUGACCUUGUUUCAACACAAUUUUGGGCUGAUUCAAAUUUGUGAUGAGAGUUGAUUAGAGCUCAACUUGACCUUUUGACCAGGACAUGAAAAUUGAGAAAACUCUCAUGCGAAUUAUCUGAACGGGACUUGUUUUCGUUUGUGUUCCUUUCUUGCCUUACAUGGUACCACCGGAAUACCAUGUACUACUUUGCAUUUCAUUCUAAUACACCCUUCCGGAAAGUACUUGGACUUGGCCAUAUUGUAGACCCUCAUUUUCAGUAUUGAAAUGUCGGCUUUAGGAGUUCUUUAUCUUGUUACCGAUUUCUUGAUCAUAUAAAGUCUUAUAUUAUCUAAUAAAAUAAAAUGUCCGGUAGCGAGAUAAAGGGCGCCAAAGCCGAUAUCUCAAUGUUUACAGCCAAGACUAAGUACUUUAAGGAAGGUUAUUGAACUCGAAUGUUACUUCAUGUCCUGUUCGAACCUUGUUUAUAUCUGUGUAAAAUUGAUGCGGAAGAGAGUAAUAUAUAAGUAAAAAUAUCUUUGAAAUUAGGCUAGAAAUGUUAUCUUGCUUUUAGAAAUGUGAGUCAAUUACGUGUGAAUAUUGUGUAAAAUUCAAUAAAAAUUAAAAAUGCUGACAUAUUUAUUAGAAGAC